CUUCCCCACACCUGUUGCCAACACACUUGCUUUCUUCGCGACCCCUUUCUUCAAGCAAUUUUCUUUCGAAAGCCCCAAUCUUCUCUCUCUUUCGUCUUCUUUGACUUGAAAUUCUCGUUGGAACCUCUCUCUUUCUUGUUUAUCCACUUGCAUACCCCCACCUUCCAUCAUGGCGGAAUUCGUGCGUGCCCAGAUUUUCGGCACCACCUUUGAGAUCACCAGCCGGUAUACGGAACUGCAGCCGGUGGGAAUGGGUGCCUUCGGACUUGUCUGUUCUGCCAAAGAUCAAUUGACUGCGCAGCCAGUCGCAGUUAAAAAAAUCAUGAAGCCCUUCAGCACCCCCGUUCUAUCCAAGCGAACUUACCGGGAGCUGAAGCUGCUCAAACAUCUCCGUCAUGAGAACAUUAUCAGCUUGAGUGACAUUUUUAUUUCGCCUUUGGAAGACAUCUACUUCGUCACCGAACUUCUGGGAACUGACCUCCACCGACUUCUUACUUCGCGACCUCUUGAAAAGCAAUUCAUCCAGUACUUCUUAUACCAAAUUCUGCGUGGGUUGAAAUAUGUUCACUCCGCCGGUGUGGUCCACCGGGAUUUGAAACCCAGCAACAUCCUGAUUAACGAGAACUGUGAUCUGAAAAUCUGCGACUUUGGUCUUGCCCGCAUCCAGGACCCCCAAAUGACCGGCUAUGUCUCAACACGAUACUACCGCGCGCCCGAGAUCAUGCUCACCUGGCAAAAGUACGAUGUCGAGGUAGACAUCUGGAGCGCGGGCUGCAUCUUCGCUGAGAUGUUGGAAGGAAAGCCGCUCUUCCCCGGAAAGGACCAUGUCAACCAGUUUUCGAUCAUUACGGAGCUGCUUGGCACUCCUCCCGAUGACGUGAUCCAGACCAUCUGCAGCGAGAACACCCUCCGAUUUGUCAAGUCACUACCAAAGCGCGAGCGCCAACCCCUCGCAAAUAAAUUCAAGAACGCCGAUGCCGAUGCUGUUGACCUGCUCGAACGGAUGCUGGUUUUCAACCCAAAGCAGCGUAUUCAAGCUCCCGAAGCAUUAGCGCAUGAGUACCUGGCUCCCUACCAUGACCCCACCGAUGAGCCUGUCGCACAAGAGAAGUUCGAUUGGUCGUUCAAUGAUGCCGAUCUGCCCGUAGAUACCUGGAAGAUCAUGAUGUACUCGGAAAUUCUCGACUUCCACAACAUUGAACAAGGCAAUGAGGCUGGCCAAGCCUUGGUACAGGGCGCAGUGCAGGGCAACGCUACUGGACAGGCAUUCGCAUAAUGGUUUGACGAGAAAUCUCCCCCCAAAGAAACGCUCUUCUGCCAUUGAAUUCCAGUCUCAAAAUUUGAAGUCUGGCCCUAUUUCUGUUCAAGGGUGCUACGAAGCUAGCGUGUUCACUUGUGUUUUUUAUCUUAUUUUUCAUUUCCUACUUUGUUCUUUUUUUGUCUUUCUGGAAAUCAUUGUCCAUAGCUCUUCGGCGUCGUCAAGAAUUGGUUGGUGAUUAGGAGAAUCAUACGGGGGAUCUGAUUUAGUUCAUCGAUGGAGCACCUGAUAACCCUUAAUCCUUUGAAAUAUCUACGCAAUCUAAGUUAUUUCUCUCCAAUA